AUGACGUCCAACGGCGCCAACACGGCGCCUUCGGGCGCAGCAGCAUCCGGCAGCUCCACCUCUGCAUCGCAAUCACAACCACCACCCGAAUGGCUCGCUUCUAUCGAUGCAGUCUACAGCCUCUUUGAAGAUCCUACGGCAGCGGAACGUUAUCCAGACCUCUCACGCAAGGUCAAAACGGCGGUACAGCUGUGCGAAGAGGUGAUACAGGAUGUCGGCCAGCAACACUGCGCACUCAGCUUCAACGGCGGCAAGGACUGCACCGUCCUCGUACACAUCCUGUCCGCUGUAUUGCGACGACUCAACACGGGCAAAGACAAAUUGGCACCGAUCCCGUCAAUACCUUCGCUCUACAUCACGUGUCCCUCGCCCUUCCCUACGGUCGAGAAGUUUAUUCGAUUCUGUGUCUCUCCGACGCACGGCUACAACCUGCAAGUCAUAUCGGUGGAAGGUGGGAUGAAGAAGGGCAUUCGGACGUACCUGGAUGGUGGUGGACGCGAGCAAGUCGGCAUCUCGACCUCCGAUGACCCGCUCGAAUCCACCGAGAACAGGGAACCACGCGACAUCAGAGCUAUCUUUGUCGGCACGCGUCGAGACGACCCACACGGACCUCAACUAUCCGCCCGAUCCUGGACGGACAAGGACUGGCCUCGCGUCGAACGGAUCCACCCUAUCCUGGAUUGGACCUACCAGGACGUCUGGCAGUUCUUGCGGUGUCCGCAUCUCGCCUCUGACGAAGCCAAGUUGGGCAUGGGGAGGCGGGAGCUGGCGGAAGAGUGGGGGACGGCGGGGGGCGGUGCACAGGGAGUGCCGUACUGCCUGCUGUACGAUCAGGGUUAUACUUCGUUGGGGUCGACGUAUAACACUCUGCCCAAUCCAGAGUUGAGAGUGGAAGACGGAGAGAAGGAGCAGGAGGAGGGAAUGGGUGGGAAGAAGGAGGAAGCCGUGGUGGGUGACGGAACGGCAAAGGGACGCUGGAGGCCGGCGUAUAUGCUCAAAGAUGGCAGUUGCGAGCGUGCCGGUCGGGUUGAGAACGCUACGCAGCCACCACCGACAGCAUCGUCAGCUGCAUCGACACAAUAG